AUGGCGGCCGUGGGGCUGCCCCACAUGAUGGUGGCGACCGUGGGGCUGCCCCACAUGAUGGUGGCGACCGUGGGGCUGCCCCACAUGAUGGUGGCCACCGUGGGGCUGCCCCACAUGAUGGGAUCGCAGGGUUUCCCCGGAUUCCCGGGCACCAACGGCGAGAAGGGGGCACGGGGACCCCAAGGACCCCCCGGAGGCGUUGGGAACCUGGGACCUCCUGGUGAGAAGGGGGACCCCGGUGAAUCGGGGGCCCCAGGAAUCCAAGGGGAGCCCGGAGUCAAGGGCCCCCGAGGAGAGCGAGGGGAGAAGGGAGAAGCUGGAGCCGCCGGAGCUGCUGGACCCCCUGGAGGGAAAGGGCCCCCCGGUGAUGAUGGGCCCAAGGGCAACCCUGGUCCCGUUGGCUUUCCCGGAGACCCCGGACCCCCGGGGGAGAUGGGUCCCAGGGGCCAGGAUGGUGCCAAGGGCGAGCGUGGGGAGGACGGCGAGCCUGGGGAGCCGGGCUCGCCGGGUCCAACGGGUGAGAACGGUCCUCCUGGUCCCCUGGGCAAGAGGGGUCCAGCCGGUUCCCCCGGCCCCGAGGGGCGUCAGGGUGAGAAGGGUGCGAAGGGAGAACCGGGCGCCGUGGGUGCUCCUGGCAAGACGGGUCCCGUGGGUCCUCAGGGCCUUGCUGGGAAGCAGGGACCCGACGGCCUCCGAGGUCUGCCCGGCUCCGUGGGAGAACAAGGCAAACCAGGGACCACAGGCCAGGCUGGGCCACCAGGACCAGUGGGUCCCCCGGGUCUCCCCGGCCUCAAAGGUGACACCGGUGCCAAAGGAGAGAAGGGCCACCCUGGUCUCAUCGGCCUCAUCGGACCCCCGGGGGAGCAGGGGGAGAAGGGAGACCGAGGUCUCCCCGGCCCCCAGGGCUCCACGGGGCAGAAAGGAGAAACUGGCAUCCCCGGUGCUGCUGGACCCAUUGGCCCCACUGGCCCCCCCGGACUUCCCGGCCCAGCUGGUCCCAAAGGUGCCAAGGGAGCCAUGGGCCAAGCAGGACCCAAAGGUGAACGGGGACCCCCGGGACCCCCUGGACACCCGGGCCCCCCCGGGGAGGUGAUCCAGCCCCUGCCCAUCCAGCUGCCCAAGAAGAGCAAGCGCUCCAUCGACGCCAGCAAGCUGGUGGAGGAGGAGGAGGAGGAGGAGGGCGAGCGAGCGGCCGCCGACCAGGCCUCUCGCGACUACGCCGAGGGCAUGGAGGAGAUCUUCGGCUCCCUCAACUCCCUCAAGCAGGAGAUCGAGGGGCUGCGGCGCCCCAUGGGCACCCGGGACAACCCUGCCCGCACUUGCCAGGACCUGCAGCUCAGCCACCCCGGCCUGCCCGACGGCGAGUACUGGAUCGACCCCAACCAGGGCUGCGCCCGAGACUCUUUCAAGGUUUACUGCAACUUCACAGCGGGCGGGGAGACCUGCAUCUUUCCCAGCAAGGACAUACAGGAGGUGAAGAUGUCGGCGUGGGAGAAGGAGGUGCCCCAGCAGUGGUUCAGUCAGUUCCAGGGGGGCAGCAGGUUCUCCUACACGGACGCGGACAGCCAGCCCCUCGGCGUGGUGCAGCUGACCUUCCUGCGGCUCCUCAGCGUCUCCGCCCGCCAGAACUUCACCUACCACUGUCACCGCUCGGUGGCCUGGCACAGCGCCGCCUCCGGGGACCACCGGCGUGCCCUCCGCUUCCUGGCUGCCAACGAGGAGGAGCUCACCUACGACACCAGCCCCUACAUCAAAGCCACCAUGGACGGCUGCGCGGCACGGAAGGGCUCCGGCCGGACGGUGCUGGAGGUGCACACGCCCCGCCUGGAGCAGCUCCCGCUGCUGGACCUGCGCGUCAUGGACUUUGGCGAGCCCGGCCAGCGGUUCGGCUUCGAGGUGGGCCCGGUCUGUUUCCUCGGCUAGGACCCAAGCCCGUCGCCCCUCCCUGCCCCUCCAGCGGGGCAAAACCUCCCCCCCCGCCAGCCCCACCGCCUGCGAGCGGCGGCGAAGCAGCCGGACCCACCUCCCCCUCGCAUCACCGUCACCCGCCCGCUGCUGCGAGGAGAUGAGGUGCCGGCCCUGCCCGCACCCACCGGGGACCCACACGCCACCGCCGCCGCCGCCGCAGCCCCCCCGGGGGGCCAGGGUCUGGAGAGACGCCAAAGAGACUUUAACGCUUAGAAUAAAUCUAUAUUUUAAUAUGUAGAGAGACAGAGAGGGAAAUUUUUAACGGAUCCACUGGCUACCUCCCUGGGCGCCCAGCAGUGCUCCCUUCCUCCCAGUAUCCCACUGCUCUUUCCCAGGGCUUAUUUUCCAUGCUCCCCAUGACCCCAGGGGGAACCCCUUGAGGAGCGCACCCCCCGAGCAGAGGGAAGACCCCUGGAGAGCCCACGGGGUUUUAAAGCAAGCAAGGCCGUGAUGCCACCAGUCGAGCACCAUCGGGGAUGAGCCCCGGGAGCUCUCGUUGCCUCUCUCUUCCCACCUGGAUUCAUGCUGCCCUCGUGCUCCAGAACCCCAGGGGUCAGGAGGGAAUGGACCCCGGGACGCAUCCGUCCCCCACAACAAGAGUCCCCCCAGCCACCUCCGACAGCACACCCAGGCUCCGGCACUGGCCCAUAUCCCUGGAGCAGCCGCUUGACUUCGCUAAUCAAGGCUAAUUAAUUCGGAGAAAAAACAAAGCUUCCCCAUCCUAUCAAGGUGGGACAUCCCCGCUUACUCCCAGUAGCCCAAAGGGGUUCCAGCCAGUGCGAAUAAUGGGAGUAUUUAAAAAGCCUCCGACAAAGCCUCUCCCUGGCCCGUGGAAGGAAAUGAGGAAGAAGGACGUUGUGUUUUU